UUUGUUUCUAGAGCCGCCAUGAGCAAACGGAAUCAGGUGUCUUACGUGCGACCAGCCGAGCCAGCAUUCCUGGCUCGCUUCAAGGAGCGGGUCGGCUACCGGGAAGGGCCCACCGUAGAGACUAAGAGAAUCCAGCCUCAGCUCCCAGAAGAAGACGGUGAUCACAGUGACAAAGAAGAUGAACAGCCCCAAGUGGUGGUUUUAAAAAAAGGGGAUUUGUCAGCUGAAGAGGUCAUGAAAAUUAAAGCAGAGAUAAAGGCGGCCAAAGCAGAUGAAGAGCCAGCUCCAGCUGAUGGAAGAAUCAUGUAUCGAAAACCGGUCAAACGUCCCUCUGAUGAAAAAUAUUCAGGUUUAACAGCAAGCUCAAAAAAGAAGAAGACAAAUGAAGAUGAUACAAAUAAGCAGGACUCAGUUAAAAAGACCUCACAAAAGCAAAUAAAAAAUAGUAGCCUCCUUUCUUUUGACAACGAAGAUGAAAAUGAAUAACUGUAUAUAUUUUGGACUUCGUUUCCAUUGAGACUUUAUGUGGUACUUUUUAAAAUAACAUUUUUUUCCUAUUAUAA